CAUUUAUUUAUUCCCCCUUUAUUCUUCAAAAGUCGGUCGGUCUUGAAGAUGGUUUCUUAUUCCUCAGAACCCCACCACGAUGUCGUAAACCUACACAGACUCCUGAGGCGGUUGGAGAAGAGUGUACAGGAUGAUAGAGAAUGGGAUUUGGGGGCCGACCGUGGUGUUGGGUCGAGCAAGGUUCAGAUACGGUUGAAGGCACAGAAGGACCUUCAGAAAGUGAAAUACGCACGAAAACUAGUGCAGAAUGUGGAUUCAUACGACCUUGAUGUGGAGGAUCCUUAUGGCACUGAGAGAAACCGACGGAUACACGAACUGAACGAUGUCAAGAUUCGGCUGGACCGCGUCGAGGAGUUCCUGAAAGAUCAAGUCCAGAAACACACUGAGCGACCCCAGCGACCGCCGUCAAUUCUGGCUCGACUUCCCAAGCCUGAGCCUAUUCCGGUACCGGUUGAGGAGCCUGCUGUCCAGCCACAGACGGACGAGGAGCCCGUGGCGUCAACCUCGUCUCAACCUGCCGCCCCAGAGGUCAAACAACCUGCUGACAACCUUCUACUGUCCCCGUCCGACCUUGACAACCUUCCUUCGGCUGGCCUGGGUGACAUUAUCUCACCACCGCCAUACGAACCAACCUUCUCAGGCGCGCGGUCUACCGCUACAUCAUCCGCACUUCCCAUCCACGCUUCUGGGUCAUUCACGAACCGGAAGGCAUUCCAAGCCCAGGGCCACACCUCUCUUCAAGAAGAGCUAUCUAGCCAGCUUGAGUCUAUGGCCGCCCAGCUCAAGCGGAACGCGAUCCACUUCUCGUCGAACCUCGAAAAGGACAAGGCGGUUAUUGAAAUGGCUGGGGAGAAGUUGGAGCAGAACUACGAUGUGAUGCAGAAGGAGAAGGGGAGGUUGGCGUUACUGAAUAAGACGACAGGCAGCACAACGUGGUUGACAAUCGGGAUUAUACUGGUGGUGUUACUCCUGUUCAUCGUCAUGGUGGGGUUGAUACGGUUCUCGAGGUUCUGAGUGAGUAGGAUUCGACGAUUCGCUUGUCUGUACUGAUACGACUGCUAUGUUACAUGAUUACUUCUAAUUCCAAUCCAAACCU